AUGGACGUGUUCAGCUCCUUUGCCAACACUGUGGGUGGCAAUCCGACAUCGGGGCUGCAAGUCACCCAGGGUACCAAUCCAUCAACCAGACAGAAACUCUGGGAUGUGCCAGUGGCGUCGCUGGAAGAUGUCGAGCGUGCAAUAGCAUCGGCCAGAAUCGCCUUCAAGGAUUGGUCCCAGUCGUCAUGGUCGCAGCGUCAAGAUUCCCUUGUCGCCGCACGCGAUAUCCUUGUUGCCCACAGGUCGAAGUUGGCAACAUUGCUUACAAAAGAAGGGGGAAAGCCGAUCGAGUUCUCCCAUCUCGAGAUCGACCACUCGGCCAACUUUUUGCAAUAUAAUGCUUCUCAGGGGCCCAUUGAGGAAGUGAUCAUCCAGGAUGACAACGAACUCAAACUCAGUAUCCAUGAGAAGCCCUUGGGCGUAGUGGUGGCGAUUUGCCCUUGGAACUACCCCUUGGUCCUUGCGAUCGGCAAGAUCGCCGCGGCUUUGGUUACUGGAAAUUGCGUCAUAGUCAAGCCGUCUCCUUUUACGCCAUACUCUAUCUUAAAAGUUGUCGAACUAUUCCAGAGCGUCUUUCCCGCCGGUGUUCUCCAGGCUCUAAAUGGCGACGAGAAAUUGGGACCCGCGCUGUGUAGUCAUGCUGGAAUCGACAAGAUCAGUUUCACCGGCUCGACCGCCUCGGGAAAGAAGAUAGCAGAAGUGGCAGGAAGGCUCCUGAAGCCAGUCACCUUAGAGCUCGGGGGGAACAACGCGAGCAUCAUCUGCCCUGAUACCGACCCCAAGGUUGUCGCACCUCAGGUGGCACUUGGAUCCUUCAUGAACUCGGGACAGCUCUGUGUGGCGAGCAAAAGAAUCUUCGUGCAUGAAGACAUCUAUGAUGAGUUCCUGAAGGUAAUGGUCGAAACAGUGAAGCAGUGGAAGGUGGCACCAACUUCCACAUUGGAGUCAGGCAUCAUGCUCGGUCCCAUUCAGAACGAGAUGCAGUAUAACAUUGUCAAGGGCUUCUUUGAGGAUUCAAGUCGAAAUGGUUACAAGUUUGCGCUUGGCUGUAACCCGAAGGAUUCGGACGACGACUUCAUAAUUCAGCCUGCGAUCAUCGACAACCCCCCGGAUAAUGCCCUCGCCGUCACGGGCGAAGCAUUCGGCCCAAUUGUUCCGCUACUCAAAUGGAGGAAUGAAGACGAUGUCAUCAGACGAGCCAACAGUGGUCCUUCUGGCCUUGGAGGAGCUGUUUGGUCAAGGGAUGUUGACCGGGCUGGACGACUGGCAGAUCAGAUCGAAGCCGGAACUGUUUGGAUCAACGGCUUUGAGAGGCCUCUGCCACAGGCCCAUCUUAGUGGUUACAAGGAGAGCGGAUUAGGCGGUGAAUGGGGCCGAAAGGGUUUGCUUGCAUAUUGCAAGCCGAAGGUGAUUCAUUUGUACAAAUCGAAGGUGUAG